AUGAGCGGUGGACGCAUGCAGUCUACCCUCUUCUACAUCAAAGAAUUUGAUGUUAUCGGGCUCACUAUACUCGCAACUGGGCUGAGUCUGUUAUACCUAUCUUUCAGCAUCUAUUCCUAUCACGACGAAGGCUGGCAGUCGCCAAUGGUCCUCAUGGUCGUCGCACAGGGGCACACACCAGCACUUCUUGCGGUCGAGUCUGUCAUACUUGACGUUGGAAAAAGCGCAGGAUCGGCAAUCGGGACUGCUAUCUGGACCGACAUGUUCCCAAAGAAAUUAGCCAACUACUUGCCGAGUAGUGACAUUUCCAGGCUAAACGAUAUACACGGAAGUAUCAAUGUUCAGUCCUCUUACCCUGUCGGAAGCCUAGCCCGCAAUGCUAUUGAGCACGCAUAUCUCGAUACACAAAGGACAAUUUUUUAUUUCUGCUGCAGCUCUGUUAGUUAUAACCUGGGCUUCGGUGCUUUUCUGGAAGGAUAUUGAUGUUAGGAAGUUGAGCAAAGUUUAAUUUUGAACUUCAGUCUUGUCUAAGUGGUUAAAUCGUGGUUCUCAGUAUAGAAAAAACAUCUACUGA